CCAUCGUACUUUGAAUAGCCUUGCUGGACGAGGUACAACCGUCUUUCCUGACAGCCAAAGAAUACACUUGCAUACCUAUCAUUUUGUUCUAUUCACAUCAAACCCAUUCCUCUCGAACUCUUUGGAUACUUGGGUAGAGAACACCACUGGCUGAUAGAAGUCAAUCCGACGCCAACAUGCCGUCUCUCGAUGUGAGCGAGCUCAAUGUCAUCUUGGCAAUCCUAGGUGCCUUCACUAUACUCUAUGGAUUCAUCUCAACAAAGAUAAAGAUGAAGUGGUACUUGGGGGAAGCUUUGCCCGCUGUGGUUUUUGGUAUUAUACUAGGUCCAAUUGCAUCCAAAUUCAUCGAUGCGACGCGAUGGGGUGUUGCUGCCCCUGAGCAACAGAAUGCCAUCACUUUGGGUGUCUGUCGGGUUGUGAUUGGUGUCCAGCUGGUCAUUGCUGGUUACCAGCUUCCAACCAAAUACCAGCUCACACGGUGGAAAGAGAUGUUCAUCUGCCUCAUUCCAAUCAUGACCAUCAUGUGGCUUUGUACCACCGGUUGCAUCAUAGCUACUGUUCCAAAUCUCACCUUGCUUGCGGCUCUCGUCAUCGGAUCUUGCGUGACUUGCACCGAUCCGAUCCUGUCUCAAGCCAUUGCAAAGGGUCCUUUCGCCGAUAAAUUCGUUGCCCGCGACUUGCGUGAGAUCAUCUCCUCCGAAGCUGGUGCAAACGAUGGUUUCGGGUUCCCCUUCCUCAUGCUUGCCGUCUAUCUGAUCCGAUAUGCCAACGUCCCCGGCGCUGGUGUGCAUAGUGACGGAGCAGUGGAAAGUGCUGUUUUCUCUGGCAUAUCCACCUCUCCAGUAUUCUCCAGCGUCGCUUUUCCUACAGUCCCCGUGGUCGGUGUACCCUCCGCUCCGACGUUUACGAGCAUUGCUGCUCCAAUUCCGACUGCUAUGGCUACCGGCUUGCCAACCAUGAACCCUUCUUCACUCCUCAAGCGCGAGGCAGAUGUCGGGAGGUUAGGUGGUGGGGUCGGAAAGGCGCUUCUGGCCUGGUUCAUUGAAACAUGGCUCUACGUCGUCCUCAUGAGUGUGGCAUAUGGCAUUGUUACCGGUUAUGGAAGCUGCUUGGCGCUCAAGUAUGCACUCCGCAAGAAGUGGAUUGACGCUGAGAGCUAUGCGCUCUGGCCCACUGCGCUGGGGCUUUUCAUCGUUGGCACCUGUGGCGCCCUCGGCACCGACGAUCUCCUCGCGUGCUUUGUCGCUGGAAAUGCUCUCAAUUGGGAUGGCGGCUAUCUCGAGGAAAUCGAAGCUCGACACGACGAAGUCAACUCUUGCGUGGACGUGUUGCUCAAUUUCGGAGGCUUCAUGUACAUUGGCUCGAUCUUACCCUGGAGCGAGUUCCAUCAGCCAGACACCACCGGCAUCACGUAUCCUCGCCUGAUAGCUUUAGGUGUUCUUGUCUUGAUUCUCCGACGCAUCCCAGCUGUGCUGAUCACAUACAAGCUGAUGCCGAGAGUCUGUAAGAAUAUCAAGGAGGCACUCUUCAUGGGCUACUUCGGGCCAAUCGGCAUCGGUGCCGUGUUCUACCUUGAGCAUACUCGUCACCUCUUCCCUGAACUGGGCAAAGGCGACAAAGAAGAGAACAGCAUUCAAGCCGCCAUCGGACCUAUCGUCUACUGGCUUGUUCUCUUCUCCAUCGUCGUCCACGGGUUGUCGAUCCCUGCCCUUAACCUGAUCUAUUCUUGGAUGGGCGUUAAGCCCAUCCAAGAGGACGCAGUGGAACUCAAGCGCCUCUCGUUGAAAAUCUCACCACCCCGGAACUCCGUUCAAGGUCCAACGGGUGACACAUUCAUCCAGUACAACCGUUUCUCGCGUCCAACGUUCCCUGAUAACGUCGUUCUCGGCAUCAACCAGUCUUCUACUUGGGACAGUUUCGACGGCGAGGACGAUGAGAAGCCGCUCCGACCAUCCACGCAGCGUAUCCGAUGGGGCGAAAAUACGCGUCCUGCACCUAGGCCCGGUAGGGGUAGAACGGUCUAACACAGCGCUUUGGAUCUUGGCAGUUGGCUUGAGAAAUUAAGCAACUCGAGUUUGGCGUACAGGGUUGAAUUGGCAUUCUCCCAGGAAUACUUACAUAUUCCUUCCAUGUGUACCUACUUCUCUCCCCAAUCCACCAACAAUCCCUCCGUGGUGGCCUCGUGUAGUAAUGUGUCUCGC